ACAGCGGUGUGUUUGGCGUUCCUCUGAACUCGCUGUUGGAGAACGACAGGAAGAAGUUUCCUGGAAUCAAGGUUCCUGUUGUCUUCCAGAAGUUGUUGUGUAUUUUAGAGCAGAGCGGCCUGCAGACUGAAGGAAUUCUCAGAGUACCAGGAUCAGCUGCUAGACUGAAGUACCUGCGGAGAGAGUUAGACAGAUGUUGUGGAGGGUUCGACUGGUCUGCAGUCAGACCGGUGGACGCUGCAGGUCUGCUGAAGCUUUUCAUCAGAGAGCUGCCGACACCUCUGCUGACGCACACACACCUGUCCACCUACCGCUCAGUGCUGGGUAUCUCCUCUGUGGUCCACCAGGUUCAGGCUCUGCAGCUGCUGUCCUUGUUGCUUCCUGAAGCCCACAGAGAAACACUUCGAGCCAUGCUGGUCUUCCUCCGUAAGGUGGUCUCUAAUCAGGACCAGAACAGGAUGUCUCUGUGGAACGUUUCCAUGGUGAUGGCGCCCAACCUGUUCUCCCGCCAUCACCGUGGCAACAAGCGCUCCGUCGCCAAGCAACGGGAGGAGAUGGAGGAGGCGGUGGGCGGAGCUCAGCUGGUCCGAUUGAUGAUCACACAGCAGGACCUGCUGUGGACGGUCCCCAGCUUCCUGCUGUCUCAGGUGAGACAGAUGAACCAGGCGUCCAAUCAGAGACAGCUCGGCCUGACCAGAACCACGAGACGACUACUGAGGAGGAAGACCAACAGAGACCAGAACCAGGUGAGACAGAGACCAGGUGAGACAGAGACCAGAGCCAGGUGAGACAGAGACCAGAGCCAGGUGAGA